GCUACCAAAUGGCCGACAACGGAGCUGCUGUUGCUCUUUUAUGACACACCGACUUUCAUGAAGUAUUGAAUACUUCAGAGUAUCGUUGUGACUAUGGCUUCCUUGGAGACCGAGGGCAACUACCUGGCAAAUGGCAUGGAAGAAGUCCCUGUCGCUAAUGAUAACAUUACCAAUGGUAAUAACGGCACUGAGGAGAUGCCGACACAAACAACCCCCCCUUCACUGAGCGACGGACCGCUGGCCAGGACGCCAUCCCUGAGCAGCUUCGCGCUCACCGAGUACAGCGCAAAGCCCACUCCACCGGCCGAAGACAGGAAGACACACUUGAAGAAGAUCGUCCCCGAUGAGUUCCUACUACCAAAUGGAAAUCCGGAUUACCUCCGCCUCAUCAUUACAUCCUACCCCCGGGUCAGAGAGGUGUGCAACGAGAUCCCGCUUGUUCACGCCGUCAACCUAAGCAAUCGCCUCGAAUGUAAAGUAUUGCUCAAGCGCGAGGAUGAGCAGCCCGUCUUCAGCUUCAAGCUGCGAGGUGCCUACAACAAGAUGGCACAUCUGGAUCCCGCCGAGUCUUGGCGAGGCGUCGUCUGCUGCAGCGCUGGCAACCAUGCCCAGGGAGUCGCCUAUUCGGCCCGCAAGCUCAAAAUCCCCGCCACUAUCGUGAUGCCCAAGGGCACCCCCAGUAUUAAGCACCUCAAUGUCUCUCGCAUGGGGGGCCAUGUCGUGCUCCACGGCGCCGACUUCGACGAAGCCAAGGAGGAGUGCGCCCGGAGGGAGAAGCAGGACGGCUUGAUCAACAUCCCCCCCUUCGACGAUCCCUAUGUCAUUGCCGGCCAGGGCACCAUCGGCAUGGAGAUCCUAUCCCAGACGAACCUCCAGAAGCUCCAGGCUAUCUUCUGCUGCGUCGGCGGAGGCGGCCUCAUCGCUGGUGUUGGCGUCUACGUGAAGCGCAUUGCACCACACGUCAAGAUCAUCGGAGUCGAGACGUACGACGCAGACGCCAUGACGCAGUCCCUCGCCAAGGGCGAGCGUGUGCUCCUGAAGGACGUCGGCUUGUUUGCCGACGGCGCAGCCGUCAAGACGGUAGGCGAAGAGACAUUCCGCAUCUGCCAGGAGGUGGUGGACGACAUGAUCCGGGUCACGACCGAUGAAGCAUGCGCCGCCAUCAAGGACAUGUUUGAGGACACUCGCUCCGUCAUCGAACCCGCCGGCGCGUUGGCCAUCGCCGGCCUCAAGAAAUGGGUUGCCGCCAACCCGUCCAGUGAUCCGACGAGAUCGGUCGUGGCCAUCACGUCCGGCGCCAAUAUGAACUUUGAUCGGCUGGGCUUUGUCGCUGCCCGUGCUACGUACGGCGAAGGGAGAGAGGCACUGCUGUCGGUCAAAAUCCCGGAGAGGCCCGGUGCGUUUGCCGAGCUGAUCAACGCCGUCAUGCCCCAUCCCGUGACCGAGUUCAGCUACCGGUACGCCAGCGACUCCGAGGCCAACGUGUUGGUUGGCAUCUCUCUCACCGGCCCUGCGAGUCAGCGGGCGCAGGAACUUCAAACUAUCAUCGGCCGCAUCAGCGCACCAGGGACCAUGGAAGUCACCGACUUAUCCGGUGACGAGCUUGCGAAGAGCCAUCUUCGUUACAUGGUGGGCGGGCGAUCUUGCGUGCCGAACGAACGGCUCUACAUGUUCCGCUUUCCCGAACGACCUGGCGCGCUGGAGCGUUUCCUAAGGACACUGCGUCCGAAGUACAACAUCAGUCUGUUCCAGUAUAGGAACUACGGAGGAGACAUCGGCCAGGUGCUGACCGGCAUUCUGUGCCCGGAUGAGGAGGUCAGCGAACUGCAGCGGUUUUUGAAGGAGAUCGGAUACCCAUGGGAGGAUUGCACGGAGUCUGCAGUGUACAAGACGUUCUUGCGGGCAUGAGGAUAGAGAUAGGGAGCUAUAGGACUGGGUUAAGAUUUACAUUCACAAAUCCUCAAGCAUGUACCUGCUCCGAAUCUUGACUUCGAGCGAUGCAGUGUAUGGUUGUUCUGGGCGCCAAGAUGGCAGUUCGACCAUUGGUGCUCGGGUGGAUGUGGUUGCCCGCCCUGCCUAUAAUCAUGCUCUCCAAACUUCACGCUCACUGCAGGCCAACAGGCGACCAAAAGUUUGGGACCGCGGAUGACGGUGGUUGAGCUCAUUUUGAUCGUGUUGAAUCGAGGGUUGCGAAUGAGCCCCGAUGCGGGUCCUUGCGACGGGCCCAACAAACAUGGCCAUGCAGGCUCCCAUCAAAUAUUUGCGGCGUGGGAUCAACAAUGUUUGUUGGGGCUGGGUGCUCUCAAUGUUAAACUGCUCACCAUAGGCGACGGACCUGUAUAUCCACUCACCGAAUACAGUUACAAUGCCUAGCUAGAAAAACG